AUGCCCUUGCCCUGGAAACCGGUCCAGAGGCUUGUUAAUACAGACAUCGUACUCGCGUUCGAUCAGUUCCUCGGCAUUUCCGAGGCGUUACAUACCGACCUCGACACCGCGAUCAUGAUAGCUGGUACCGACUGGGAUGAGAGCACAUCGACCUCCAAGCAGCUCGAUGAAGCCCUGCUACCACUUGAAGUAUCCCGACAGGGCCCCAGUCUAUCAGAGGUGGAAGCCAACAGGGGCGGAGGGGGUGUUAAACCGGAGUUCGAACAGGCUGUAGAGCAGGAUGAUGAAAGCGCGUACGAGGUACAUCCUCAGACAAAACUGAUUAAAGCCCAGGGCCAGACCUAA